ACGGCGCGCUCCGGCUGGGGGAGGCGGGGAGCGGAGCGCGGCCACCCAGCAUCUGCGGGUCAGAGGUGCGCCCCAUAGGCCCCGGAGCCUAGCGGGUCCUAGGCGAGUGGAAGCUGCGGAGCCGGGCUGCGAAGCCGGAGAGGAGGACGCGGAGGUGAGCUGGCCGGGAAGAGCAGCUGGAGGAGGCGGAGUUCAGGGUCAACGUGCCGCGGGCGCCGCGCCGCAUCCUUCCUCCCGGGACUCCGCGUCGGCUCGCAGCUGGCCAGGACAUUCCUGGUGAUCUUGAAAGAGUUCCUACCAUGGAAUCCAUCUCUAUGAUGGGAAGCCCUAAAAGCCUGAGUGAGACUUUUUUGCCUAAUGGCAUAAAUGGUAUCAAAGAUGCAAGGAAAGUCACUGUGGGUGUAAUUGGAAGUGGGGAUUUUGCCAAGUCUCUGACCAUUCGGCUUAUUAGGUGUGGCUAUCACGUGGUCAUAGGAAGCAGAAAUCCUAAGUUUGCAUCUGAAUUUUUUCCUCAUGUGGUAGAUGUCACCCAUCAUGAGGAUGCUUUAACAAAAACAAAUAUAAUAUUUGUGGCUAUCCAUAGAGAACAUUAUACCUCCCUGUGGGACCUGAGACACCUGCUUGUGGGCAAAAUCUUGAUUGAUGUGAGCAACAACAUGAGGGUAAACCAAUACCCAGAAUCCAAUGCUGAGUAUCUGGCUUCAUUGUUCCCAGAUUCCUUGAUUGUCAAAGGAUUUAAUGUUAUCUCGGCUUGGGCUCUUCAGUUAGGACCCAAGGAUGCCAGCCGUCAGGUUUAUAUAUGCAGCAACAAUAUCCAAGCUCGACAACAGGUUAUUGAACUUGCCCGUCAAUUGAAUUUCAUUCCUGUUGACUUGGGAUCAUUAUCAUCAGCCAAGGAGAUUGAAAAUUUACCCCUGCAACUGUUUACUCUCUGGAGAGGGCCAGUGGUGGUAGCCAUAAGCUUGGCCACAUUUUUCUUUCUUUAUUCCUUUGUCAGAGAUGUGAUACAUCCAUAUAUGAAAAACCAGCAGAGUGACUUUUACAAGAUCCCCAUUGAGAUUGUGAACAAAACUUUGCCUAUAGUUGCCAUUACUUUACUGUCCUUGGUAUACCUAGCGGGCCUCCUGGCAGCUGCUUAUCAGCUUUAUUAUGGUACCAAGUACCGGAAAUUUCCACCUUGGUUGGAGACCUGGUUACAGUGCAGGAAACAGCUUGGAUUGCUAAGUUUUUUCUUCGCUGUUGUCCACGUUGCCUACAGCCUCUGCUUACCAAUGAGAAGGUCAGAAAGAUACUUGUUUCUCAACAUGGCUUAUCAGCAGGUUCAUGCAAAUAUUGAAAACUCAUGGAAUGAGGAAGAGGUUUGGAGAAUUGAAAUGUACAUUUCCUUUGGCAUCAUGAGCCUGGGCUUACUAUCCCUUCUGGCCGUCACUUCCAUACCUUCUGUAAGCAAUGCUUUAAAUUGGAGGGAAUUCAGUUUUAUUCAGUCUACGCUUGGCUAUGUUGCUCUGCUCAUUAGUACUUUCCACGUGUUAAUUUAUGGAUGGAAACGAGCCUUUGAAGAAGAAUACUACAGAUUUUAUACACCACCAAACUUCGUUCUUGCUCUUGUUUUGCCAUCAAUUGUAAUUCUGGGUAAGGUGAUCUUACUCCUUCCAUGCGUAAGCCGAAAGCUAAAAAGAAUUAAAAAGGGCUGGGAAAAGAGCCAAUUUCUAGAAGAAGGUGUUGGAGGAACAAUUCCUCAUCUUUCCCCAGAGAGGGUCACCGUAAUGUGAUGACCAGCGGUGUUCCCCAAUGCCAUACAGAGUUCUUCUACUCAUGCCAUUACUUUUAUGACUUCCUCCAUGUUCAAUUGUAAGUGUGCCAUCAAAUUAUGAGGCUUGAAACAUGUUAAAUGGGAUUUCAGCUAAACUAGUUGAUUUUCUUCAAGUCAGUUUUCAUAAAUGUCAUAUUUUGCCAACAUGUACUUUUGUACUCCAUAUAUUGUCACAAUUUAGGUGUGUGCUCUUUUGCACAACUUAACAGUAUUGUUAUUUUAACUGUAUCACAUAAUCAGGCAGAAAUAUUUGUAGUUAGCAAUAUAGAUGAAUCAUAUUGUUCAAAAUACUUGGCAAACCAGCAGAAUUUAAAGCUUUUAACAUUAUUCAAUGGAUAUACUUUUUCCCUGAUGCUUAACGUUUUAAUUAUUCAUCCAAUUUAAGAUAGAAACACACACAUCUAUUAUGAUGAUGAAACAUAUUACAUUAGCAUCUAGAUAGGGGUGCGUAGGAGAAAUCUUUUCAUAAGAUGGGAUCUGAAGACUGUAAUUAACUAUACAAAGCAGUGUGAUUAUGUGAACAUACAAAUUAAAGAGAUGAACAUGAAAUUUUAUUUAAAAUUUAAAAUAUAUUGGAGACAUGAAAUAUAUAUGAUAUUUCAUCUUUUAUCAUGUUAUAGAGCAAUUUCACUUUCAUAUUAAUGUCAUUCAAGGAAAGGACUCAGUAAUAUUUGGCCUCCAAAGCUUGUAUUUCUAAUAUAGUACCAAUCCCAGGAGUUUAGAACUGUUCUUAGUUACAGUGAAAGUGUCAGGUUUACACACAAAUCGUUACAUGUCAGCUAAUCUUUGUUGCCUUGACCAGUCCUCUGUGGAGUGGGAUUUUACUGAUGACCAUUGGGACAAGGGGGGCGGUGUAUAACUUAGCAUGGUUCUAUGCACUUGUAUUAUUCCAUUUAGUACCUACAACAACUCCAUGAAAUAAGUAAUUACCCUCAUUUUACAUAUGGGGAAACUGAAGGGUAGGCAAGCUAAAUUUGCCCAAGGUCACACAGUAAAUAAGUGGCUGAACAAGUCCAGGCAGUCAUCUUCUAGAAGCCAUGAUUUUAUUAAACAUUAAGAUAUACAACCCUUGCUCUAUUCCAUGCACUUCAUCCAUGAUGCCAAUUUAGAUGCUUCCUCUCUUGUAUAGAGUCAUUGACAGUCUUCAAAAUACUUGUAUGCAUCAAAAGAUGUAUAAAAAUACCUUACUCAAAAAUUUAUUAUUGUUUGUGGAGUAGUCUGUAGCUGCCCGGAACAAAAGCCUGUAGACCCACAGUAGCUCAAAGCCUCUCUGUGCAGUAAAGGACUGAAGCCAAGAAAGAAUCACAGCAGCGUUAAUGAACUAUUGACAUCCUGCAGCUCUUUUUAAAAAUCCCUGUUGGAGUGAAGAGAUGGCUCAGCAGUUGAGAACAUGUACUGCUUUUGCAAAGGACCUGAGUUUGGUUCCCAGCACUCACAUUGGGUAGAUCACAACCACCUGUCUUCAGCUCCAGCAUUGGGAUCCAAUGCUUCUGGCCACCAUAGGUACCUGUACUCAUGUGCACAUACCCACACAUACAACUCUCCUCUCUCUCUCUCUCUCUCUCUCUCUCUCUCUCUCUCUCUCUCUCUCAGUUAAAAAAUAUUUUUCUUUUAUUCUUUCAGUGUUUUUUUAAUGUUAAAGAAUAAUAAUUUUAAAAACCCUCAACUCCCUGUAAAGAUGGUCAUCUAUUUCCUUCCUGAGAAGCCCUCCUGCCUUUACAACCAACCAUUCAUUAGGGAACAGUUUAUAAGCAUGAAGUAUAUUAUAAGUGGUUAAUUAUAAGUCUACUCAAGAGAUGUAUAAUCAUACAGAUUAUUCAUAAAAUUUCUCAGCACUAGUUCUCCAAAUGUUAAUUGCAUUUUGUUCAAACCUGAGGAUACUCUACAUUUUUCUCCAUUUGUUCCUUCCUCAUUAAACUAGAAAGUUACAGACAAGAUAUAAUUAGAUGCAUUCUUCUUCCUAAAAUUACCGUAUUUCAAAGUUACUUACUGACUUGAACCCAACUAUCAAAAAUAAAGACUUUUUACUGUGGAGUCUACCUUUUCUACCAAUGUCUGGGAAAUCACCCACAACUCUUACGUUUUCUUGGUGAAUUGUAAUAUCUUGGACUUUUUGUGAUUUAUUUUUAUUAUUUUAAAUUAUGUGUCUGUGUGUCUGUAUAUGAGCAUAUGCAGAUACCCACAGAGGUGAGAGGUGUCGGAUCCCCUGGAGCUGGAGUUACAGGCAGUUGUGGGCCACCUAUUGUAGGUGCUGUGAACUGAACUCGGUUCCUCUGGAAGAGUAGUGCCUGCUCUUAACUCCUGAGCCAUCUUACCAGCCCCUAUCUUGUACUUUCUAAUUGAACUCUUUUUGUUAGUUCUUAGUAGGAAUUCAGUAUAGUGAUAACUUUUAACACUAAAUACCUAUGGAUGCUAUCAUGUACCAGUGAAAGCAACAGCACAUUCAACACUUCCCUACUCCUCUAGAACUAUGACUUACCCAUUUAAUGUGAAAAAUACAGUGAAAAACUUUUUGGAGUGUUUUUUUUAUUUGUUUGUUUGUUUCUCCCUGUAGCCCCAACUGACCUAACUUGCUAUGUAGACCAAGCUUGCCUCCAUCUCAUAGAGAUCCACUUGCCUCUGCCUGCUGAGUGCUGAGAUUAAAGGUGUGAGCUACCAAGCCUGGAUACAAUGAAAUAUUUUUGAAAGUUAAAUGACUAUUAAGUAUGUUGUUUUAUGUAUACUUAAUAUAUAUAUAUAUAUAUAAUAGACAGCCAAUUAUAUAAAUAAAAUUACUACUAUUAUAUAUACAUUGAGACUUUGAAAAUAUGAAAAUAUGCUGCAAAUAUAAUUUCAAAUGAUACUAUUUCCAUGGCAGUGCUACAAAAAUGGGGUGAUUUAAUUUUAGAAUAUAUGGAAUGUAGUCAUUAUAAUUUUGAAUGUUUAAAAGCCUCUCUAAAAGUAUAUAUCUAUUUAUUGACUCUGUGUUGCUUCAUUUUACAACUUUUGUGAUGACUUUUCUUUGUUAUUUUUCAUCAUCAUUGUAUUUUGGAAUAAUUUUUCUGGCAUCAGAAGUAGACUGAACUUUGUUGUUGUCAAAUGUAAAAAGGUGGUGAUAAAAACUUUCUACUAGAAGAAUGGGGCCAGCAAGAUGGCUCAGCAGGAAAAGGUGCUUGCAGCCAAGUCUGAUAACCUGAGUUUAAUCCCUGGCCCCACAUGGUAGUCAGAGAGUGAUGACUCUCCCAGGUUGUCUUCUGACCUCUACACAUGUGCCAUGGCACACAUGGAUACACAUACACACUAAAUACUUAAAAUGUAAUUUUAAAAAUUUCAGGAUAGAAGGGGGGGUGGGGAAAAUUUAAAGAAGAGUGAAAUUUGUUUCCUGAUCUGUGCUUUGAGAAGUAUGCAUGAGAAAAUUACAGGAAUGUAGAAAAUACCCUGUCUUACUUCUAUGUAAAGAAAAU